GAAAAGGAGUGGGGGUGUGAGGGGGGUGGGGUGAAGGAAGACAAAGGAAUCGAGAGUCGGCGCUCAUGUCUCGCCGACCACUAAUCAUAACGUCUUCUUCUUCACCACCGCCAAAUUAACAUCUUUGUUUUUUCCUCUUUCUUUUACAUCUUUUGUUCUCUAACCUCUAUAAAAUCUCCAUAUCUUCUUCUUCUGUUCGUUUUGGAUUCUUUUGUUCCUUCGUAUUUCCUUCUUUCACUUCGAUGUGGGCUCUUCCGAGUUUUUUUUUCUGAUCGGAAGUGAUCCGUAGUUCAAUUCAGACUUAGGUUUCUGAUAUAGGGUUUUUUUAUCUUUUUUUUUUUUGUGGGUUGUCUUCCUUUUUUUAGGUGUUUAUCGAUCUUGUUGGGGAUCUUGAAUUUCGUUGUGUUUAGUUAUGAGGGGAAUGACUGAGCAGCAAAUUACAGUCGAGAGGACAGAGGAGGGUGAUAAGGAGAAGAAGAAGAAGCGUCGAUCUCGGCGUUCCAAGCAGAAUCCUGCGGUUUCAGGAUCAAAUGAUAGUUCAGUUAGUGGAAUACAUAUGCAAGAAUCAAGAUGCUUGAGCAACAAUAGUACCUCAAAUCAUGUAACCUUAUCUAUGAAUGUAUCUUCUGCACAGUUCUAUGGGUUGGAUGUUCAGACAUCACAUGAUAAUGGACUUGCCACAGCAUCUGAUGUUACUUUCCAUUCUAUGCCAACGAUGCAUAUCAAUGGUGAGACAGCAGCAGUAGAGUUGGGAAGUACGCAAGAUGAGCAGCUGUUUCCGCUCACUGUGUUGUCUAAAUCAUGUCCAGAGCCAAUCUGCAAUGAAGGAAAAAAUGGAUCAUUUUCAAAUGAAGAUUUUCUCUAUUUUCAUAAGAAUGAGGGUUAUGCUGGUAUGCAGAGAAAAAUCUACCCCCUUCACUGGUCAAUUGAGGCAGUUAAUGAGGCAAUAGAGAAGGGUGUCACUUUUAGAGCAUCGUUUCGUGUAAAUGCCUAUAAUCGUCUUGAGGCUUACUGUACCAUUGAAGGUGUCCCAACAGAUGUCCUUAUCAGUGGAGUAGUUAACCAAAAUAGAGCUGUAGAAGGAGACAUUGUAGCAAUUGCAGUGGAUCCUCCGCCAUUUUGGACCAGGCUGAAGGGGAAUUCUGUGCCCAUGGAUGAUUGUAGUGUGCUCCCAGAUGUUAUGGGUAGCCUGGGGGAGAACUGCAAGGGGAAAGAUAAGCUAGAUGCUGACUAUGAGGAUUCCAGCAAUGGAAAUGUUUUGCUUGUUCCAGAUAUGGGGUUAUAUGACCAUGAAAGGGCCUUCGCUGGUGAGGCUGUUAAUUCAGAGCUCAGACUUGGCGCUAGGAGUUUUUAUUGUGGGUCAAAUGGGCAUUGUUCCUCUGCUUCAGGUCAGGCAAAAGUCAGUUGUUCACCUGAGCUGAAUGAAGUGUCAAAUGCAGUAGGCAAGCUAUGUGCAUUGAUUAGUUUAUUCCCACCCAAGCGGCCGACUGGUAGGGUUGUAGCUAUAAUUGAAAGUUCUCGUCGCCGUGAUGCUGUUGUGGGUUUCCUUGGUGUUAAGCAGUGGUUUUCCUUUAAGGAAUUAAAUAAAAAGGACACGAAGAAGAACAAGAAUUCCAUGACAUUUUCUAGUAGGGAAUACAUCCAGUUGACACCCAUUGAUGCAAGACUUCCUAAAAUGACUGUCUCUGUAAAAAGUUUGCCAGGUUGCAUCAAGAAAAGAUUGAGAGAUGGUGAUACUAUGGUUGAAAUGGAGUUAAUUGGCGCAAGAAUUGUUGAUUGGAGGGAAGAAAGUUAUCUGCCACAAGCAAAUGUCAUGCAUAUUCUUGGACAUGGUGGAGAAAUUGAAUCACAGAUCGCUGCAAUUUUGUUUCAGAAUUCUAUUCAUCAUGAUGAGUUUUCUACUGAAUCACUUUCCUGCCUGCCAAAUAUCCCAUGGGAGGUGCCUGGGGAGGAAUUGGAAAGACGAAAGGAUCUUAGAAAUCUUUGCAUAUUUACUAUUGACCCUUCUAGUGCAAGUGAUCUUGAUGAUGCUCUAUCAGUUGAGAAGUUAUCAAAUGACAUUUUCAGGGUAGGUGUCCACAUUGCUGAUGUAUCUGUAUUUGUCCUGCCAGGCACAGCCUUGGACAUAGAAGCUCAAAUGAGAUCUACUAGUGUAUAUCUUUUGCAACAUAAAGUACCAAUGUUGCCUCCGUUGCUCUCUGAGAACUUGGGUUCACUUAUACCUGGUGCAGAUAGACUUGCUUUUUCUAUUUUCUGGGACAUUGACCUUUGUGGGAACAUUUUGGAUCGUUGGAUUGGCCGUACUGUAAUUCGUUCAUGUUGCAAGCUCUCAUAUGAUCAUGUGCAGUACAUAAUUGAUGGAUCGAUUAAUGUUGAGAAUCUUCGAGCCUUAGAAAAUGGGUGGCCUGCAUUACAUGGUCAGUUUGACUGGCAUGAUGUUGUUCGGUCUGUUAAAAUCCUUAAUGAAAUUUCUGUGACAUUGAAAGACAACAGAUUCAAAGAUGGGGCUUUGCAUUUAGAAAGCUCCAAACUUGUUUUCUUGUUUGAUGAGUGUGGAAUUCCAUAUGAUAGUAUACUUUAUGAACAGAAGGAUUCCAACUUUCUUGUAGAGGAGUUCAUGCUCUUGGCAAAUAGGACAGCUGCUGAAGUCAUAUCUAGAGCUUUUCCUGAUUGUGCAUUAUUGCGUAGGCAUCCGGAACCUAAUUUACGAAGACUUAAAGAGUUUGAAGCAUUUUGGAGAAAGCAUGGUUUAGAAGUAGACACUUCUUCUUCUGCCCAGCUUCAGCUUUCACUGUGGAAGAUCAGGGAAAAGCUUAAGAAUGAUCCUGUUUUAUUUGAUGUCCUAAUGUCAUAUGCAUCUAAGCCGAUGCAGUUGGCUGCUUACUUCUGUACUGGAGAUUUAAAGGAUAAGGAAAAUGAAUGGGCUCAUUAUUCUUUGGCUGUCCCUCUCUACACUCAUUUCACAUCCCCGUUGCGUAGGUAUGCUGAUAUUGUGGUGCAUCGAACACUUGCAGCAGCUAUUGAAGCUGAAGAUUUGUAUCUGAAGCAACAAAAGGUGCAGCAGCUUAAAUUAAUCAAGGGGAAGGAUAUCAAGCAGAAGUGUGUCACUGGUAUAUACUUUGACAAAGAUGUUGUAGAAUCCAAAGAAUGUCGUGAAGCAUUAUCAGCUGCAGCAUUAACGUACAGAGUCCCCUGUGCUGAAAUGCUUAUUGAUGUUGCUGCUUAUUGCAAUGAGAGGAUGCUGGCUAGCAGGCAUGCUGAGGACGCUGGUGAUAAACUCCUCCUCUGGGUUCUUUUGAAGAAGAAAGAGACUUUAACAUUAGAAGCCAAAGUGAUGGGUCUCGGACCAAAAUUCAUGUCUAUCUACAUUCAUAAGCUCGCUAUUGAGAGGCGAAUAUACUAUGAUGAUGUUGAUGGCUUGACAGCUGAGUGGCUUGAAACAACAUCUACGUUGGUGCUUGAUUUGUGUAAAAACAAAAGAUCCCAAAAGAGAGGCAGUCCUGGCAAAUGCAGGGCAGUUGAAGAUGUUGCGCGGGUCAUUAGCUCAUGUGACCUUAAACCUAACCAGUUUGAUUUUGAAAGCAGUGCUCCUGAGGAAGGUACAAACCAAGGAGCAGAAGCUAUCCAUGUAGCAUCAGAGGAACCAGGCCCCGGUUUCAACCCUGGCAUUUCAGAUGCUAGUGAAAUUGAACCUGGUGUUUUUCCUAUUACAGUCCAGAUCUUUUCAAUUGUCCCUGUCGCACUGCAUGCAAAUGGAGGGGAUGAUGGGCCACUUGACAUAGGAGCAAGGCUGUACAUGACCUCAUACUUUGGGUGACCCAGGGUGGAGGAAUCUGCUAAAUCUUGGGUACUAGUAAUGUGGUUGGUUCAUUUAUUAGGGUUGGGGGGGGGGGGGGGGAAAGGGGAAUGCAGUUAUAUUUAAGAGGAAAAGUACUGCUGUAGAUAAUAUAAGCUGUAUAGUUCAUCCCCAGUCGGACCGGUCUAGGUGGGGUGGUUAAGUUGUGAAUAUGAAGAUCUGGUGGGAAUAGUAGAUAAAAUAUAGGGUUAUGGCUGUGGCGUUGGUUUAGUGGCUUUCCUUUUAACUAAGCUGCUUUUGGAAAUUGGCCCUUGUUUUUUUUUGGGUAGGCCAAUCCAAUCCAAUAUUUUACCCUGACUACCAAAGCCCAUUUCUGGCACUUGGAGUGUUGGAGUCAAACCCAUGUCCUCCUAGUAUUAACGUGUCUUUUGAACAGAAGCCCAAGUACACUUUUCCUUGGCCUGGGUUUAGAGUGGUUCAGGAUCUUUUGUAUUUCCACAGUUUAUUUUUUAUGUAGUUCCAGAUGAAUUACAUGGUUUUAGUUUACUUCAAAAGAAAGAAAAAAAAAAUGUUUU